AUGUCCCCGAACAGCGCCCGCGCCACAUCCCCCGCCUCGCCGGACACAACGUCCACACUCGCGAGCUUACACGAGCUAGACAGACCAAUCGCCCCCCUCGCAUCCGACGCGCCUCCCGAACUCCAGGGCGUGGCACAGCGGAAGCUCAUCGAUAUAAGCGACAUGCGCGCCCAGAAAGAGAGUGGGCGGGAUCGGGUGCGUGCCGAGCUGUUCGGCGCUGCGAGCGGCCACGAUGGCCACGUCACCGAGUCUGAUGUCGAGGCAGACGGUCAGUCCAGCGACGACGACAGCGGCGCCGGCAGCGACGAUGACAGCGACGACGCACAAGGUCAACUUCUGCCUGUUCGCCGACAUGUCUCGCCACCACUCGAGCACUUUGAAUAUCGCGUCGUGAGCCCUCCGUCAACUUUCCCGCAGAACUGGGUCUUGGGCAGCCGUCGCAUGUCCCCAAACACAACGGCCAAGCAUCCAGAGACGACGACGUUCGACAAGCGGCCCGUACAGCGGUAUCCACCGUUGGCCAGUCCGCAUCGAACAGACAAACAGCGAACACAGCCGUACAAGGCGCCGCCUUGUCUCGCAACCACCCCCUUGCCCUCCGAUGCAAUGCAUCUUCGGGCUGCGCCGACCGCAUCGAAGCCCCAGCCGUCACAAUCGAUCAUCACGCACGCACCUACGGCAGAGAACCAGAAGGGAAAAAAGAGAGCACUAGAGAUCGUGGAAGUCAAGGAAGAGGAGGUCGAUGAAAAGCCUAGGAAGAGGCACGCUGCGAACAGGGAGAACUUUACCGCCAGAUACAGCAAGUACGACGAUGAAGAGCGUGUCCCUGAGGGACCCAGACCUAAGCGCAGCAGGCGCAACCCAGUCCGCUCGUCCUUAUGCCAUCCGUCUCGCCAUGUGGAGAACCAUGACCGACUCCGUGCGGCUGGUGUUUCCAACGUGCCAACAGCUGCGCCCAUCGCGGUUGUUGCUCGCCUUGCCCCUGCAACAGCCGCACCGGGCGCCGCGCCAGGGCCCGCCGUCGUUGCGCCGGCGGCGCAGCCAGCCCAAGGCGCCUUCGUUAUCAUACCGCCUCCGCCCGCCCCUGUAUACCUCCCGCCAGUUAACCAAGCACUCGCCGCUCUCCCUGACCCACCGUACAGCAUCGCGCUGCCUCCGAUCGUCGCACCCCAGCCGGCGACGACGCAGAACCUCAGGAUGCAGCUUGGCUUCGUCAUGAGAGAUAGUCUUGAAUUGGUCGUGGAAUUUGUAAAGUAG